GCUCGUUUUGCACCUCUUGGAGGGAACCAGCUUCCCAGGCCGAGAGGGGAGGGGGCUCGGCCUCGGGCGGGUGAGGGGCGUGACAUGUCUCUCGAAGAUCCGUUUUUUGUAGUCCGAGGCGAGGUGCAGAAGGCGGUGAACACGGCCCGAGGGCUGUACCAGCGGUGGUGCGAGCUUCUGCAUGAGGGCGCGGCGGUCGGACGCGAGGAGCUGGACUGGACGACCAAUGAGCUGCGGAAUGGCCUGCGCAGCAUCGAGUGGGACCUCGAGGACCUGGAGGAGACCAUCGGCAUAGUGGAAGCCAACCCAGGCAAGUUCAAGCUCCCAGCCGGAGACCUGCAGGAGAGAAAGGUGUUUGUGGAGAGGAUGCGGGAAGCAGUCCAGGAAAUGAAGGACCAUAUGGUCAGCCCCGCAGCCAUAGCCUUCAUGGAAAGGAAUAAUAGAGAGAUGCUGACAGGCAAGCCAGCCACCCUGAAGUCAUCCAGUGACUUGCUGGACGCCAGUGUGGUCUCAACCACCUCUCGCUACAUUGAAGAGCAGCAGGCCACACAGCAGCUGAUCAUGGACCAGCAGGAUCAACAGCUGGAAAUGGUGUCUGGGAGUAUCCAGGUUCUGAAACACAUGUCCGGCCGCGUCGGGGAGGAGCUAGAUGAGCAGGGCAUUAUGCUGGACACCUUUGUUCAUGAGAUGGACCACACCCAGUCCCGGAUGGAUGGGGUCCUCAGGAAGAUGGCCAAAGUAUCCCACAUGACCAGUGGACCCUACAGCUCUUCCAGUUUUGUUUGUUUUUUGGCCACCCUGUACAGCAUGUGGGAUCUUAGUUCCCUGACCAGGGAUCCAACCCGUGCCACCUGCAGUGGAAGCGCGGAGUCUUAACCACUGGACCGCCAGGGAAGUCCCUCUUCCAGGUAUUUUAAACAACCACCGGCUGAUUUUAGGCUUGCCAUCCCAACUUUAGUGUUCCUUCUUCUGAUUUUAAUGUUCCUUCUGGACGCAGUGGCUCGGGACAGGGCGAAGGGUAUGGGCUUAUGUUCAGGACACGUUUCUGGGGCUGGGAGUGUCAAAUACCAUGGAAAGGCAGCGAGUGGGUCUGUAAUACACAUAAUUCCAUGGAGCAGCUACCCUUCUAGCUUUGGAGGGGCUCCCGUGGGAUGCCCAUGCAGGAUUUAGGGCUCACACGUGUGAGGGAACAGCCUAGGGAGGGUGUUGUUUGUACAUACUGGGGCAACCUGGAAGCUGCUGGAAGCUGUUUUCCCGCCUAAAGAGGGCCCUCCCCUCAGGCCGACAUUCUGAGGCAUGACGUUUGGCAUGGCCGUUCUGAGCACACCCCGAGCUGGGCCCCCACUGCAUUUGUCAGUGUGAAGCCCUGGG